AUUCAUCCCAUCCUCGAUCCGUUGCCAUCCAGCGCAUGUUGGUGCUACCGUCUCCUCUCCGGAAGUAGAAUUGGGACAGAUAUCAGUUAGGAGAUGUUCAAUUCCAUGGUCAGAAAACUUGAAGAACAACUGUCCUCUCAAAGAAACACAUAUCCAAAACCAAUGCUGUAUCAUGGCUUAGCGAGGAAGUGCAACAAAUCCGGCAAAGCAUCACAAAACCUCACUCGCAAUCUCCCUUCAUCCAGUCAUCCCUUGCUAUUCUCGGAGCAAAGGGCAAGACGCCAUAGUAGUCUAAAGGCGUCAACAAACAAGCCAACGCCCCAGCCUUCUCUCCUUCCCCCCACCUACGAUACUUGUACUCGUAAGAGUGGAGAAUGGCUUGCCAAGAGCACCAAUCAAUAGCGAGACAACCACUCCAAAUCUCCCGUGACUCCAGCGGCCCAACUAUCCUCCGACGCGAUCCUGGAAUUAAAGUUGUGUCAAGUGCUUCCAUUCGCGCUUAAGAUUAAGUUUCUAGAGUCAUCGGAUGGGCGGUACCUGUACGGCAGGGUAAAAAGCAAUAGCCACACGGGUAACAGAUUAUGUCUCAUGCUGAGAAUUUCCGAUUGGGUGCGCUCGCAAUUUUGAGUUUUUGAGCUUUUGACUCAUAGUCUAGGCGCAAGUACCGUGCCAAUACUCGACAAGCAUGACUGUGGGUAGCGGUAGUAAUACGAAGUGGAGCAUCAUAUGAUAACUGCUGUGCUCCGCCAAUUU